UAUUGUCGUUUUGGAAAAACCAGCCAAGGCAGAAAGGUUCUCGUUCCCGCCCUGUGGAGAGAUUUACAAGCUAGCAGUUCAACCAGCCCCCGCGGAUAUAGGAGUAGGAAUGAACUGAGACUCGGGGCUCGAGCUAAAGCAGCAGCCAAAGUUGAAUUUAGACAAUCACGAGAAGACAUUACCCUCAUUUUUGUUGCAACUCAUCACUAUACUAGAGGGUAAUCAAGUGGGUCGAGCGAGAAAUUUCCUGCAAGUCAUCAAGAAUCGAGUCUUUGAGGAUUAUGGAUCUGGGUUUUCUUCUUCAAGCUUCAAUUCCCUCUUGGGAAGCUGUGGCUAUCCUCUUCAUCUUCUUCUUUUACUUGGCCAUUGCUGGAUCUGUUCUACCUGGAAGAGUUAUUCCUGGAGUGAUUUUGUCAGACCGUUCUAGGCUUCAAUAUCGCUGCAAUGGUCUACUGUCUCUUCUGGUGCUCGUUGCCCUUCUUGGGGUUGGUGUUAAGAUGAAUUACAUUUCUCCCACUGCUAUUGCAGAUAGAGGACUGGAACUGCUAUCUGCAACCUUCUGGUUUAGUGUCCUGGCAACAUUUUUACUAUGUGUUGCUGGCUACAGCUCAAGUAGUCAAAGUGCUUCUCUAAAGCCUCAUAUCACAAGAAAUUUUAUUCAUGAUUGGUGGUUUGGUAUGCAGUUGAAUCCCCACUUUUUGGGCAUUGACCUCAAAUUUUUCUUUGUUAGAGCUGGAAUGAUGGGUUGGCUACUUAUUAAUCUAUCAGUUCUUGCUAGAAGUGUUUUGAACGCCACCUUGAGCCAAUCGAUGAUCCUCUACCAGACAUUUUGUGCGAUAUAUGUCCUGGACUACUUUGUUCACGAGGAGUAUAUGACCUCCACAUGGGACAUAAUUGCUGAGAGAUUAGGAUUCAUGCUGGUAUUUGGAGAUCUUGUUUGGAUUCCUUUUACCUUUAGCAUUCAGGGUUGGUGGCUUUUGACAAACAAGGUGGAGCUAACAACAGCUGCUACCAUUGCUAAUUGCUUAGUUUUUUUAAUUGGAUAUCUUGUGUUUAGAGGAUCUAACAAGCAAAAACACAUGUUUAAAAAGAACAACAAAGCGCUUAUAUGGGGUAAGCCUCCGAAAGUUGUUGGAGGAAAGUUGCUUGCUUCUGGUUAUUGGGGAAUUGCACGGCACUGCAAUUACCUUGGAGACUUGUUGCUUGCACUUUCUUUCAGCUUGCCAUGUGGGAUAAGCUCUCCAGUUCCAUAUUUUUAUCCCAUGUAUCUUCUCAUUCUGCUAAUAUGGAGAGAGAGACGAGACGAAGCUCGUUGUGCCGAGAAAUAUAAAGAUAUUUGGGCAGAGUACACCAAACUCGUCCCUUGGAGAAUAUUGCCUUAUGUUUAUUAGCAUCAAGAUGUGGUUACGUGCACAAAUAUGUAACACUUGUCGUUGAGACGUUAGUCUUCUUGUCUGGUACCUCUCUUCUUCUCCAAGACACAAUUUUCAUAUGUUUUCCAUGUUCAUGGAUUCUCUGCAUUUUGUGAGGUCUGUUUAGUUAUUUAUUGUCUUCUCAUUUUGUGUCAACUUGGCCAACCCAACACUUUAUCUUCUACAAUUCAUAGAAAAUUUUGGGGAAAUUAUUAUCAAUAUAAAUAUGCUCUCCUUUUUUCUUCUUC